GCCUUACAGUCCAGCAGUGCGACGGGCGAGUCCGUGGGCAGGACGUACUGGGACUGGUCAGACAUGACUGGUCAGCUGUGGUCAACGUUUCAGCCUCUGGUCAAGAAAAAACUGGAGUGACUCUUGGGAAAAUGUGCACAAAGUGCCACGUCCGCUGUGGAAUUGUGGGUAAUUUCCAACAUGGCUGCCGGUUGAGAAAAAAAUCCAAGAGUUCACGAAGAAACCUGGAAAAGAACCAUUUUACUCGUCUUCCAGGAAGAGCGCCGUGAGGAUUCCCCAACACAUGAAAUGGCACGUAUCUGCAUCGAUAAAGGAGGGCGUAACUCGGUCAGUAUAGGCAAUAUAUGACGGAAAAACAUUGCGAACAUUUCGACCCCAAGUCUUCGAUCUACAAGAUCAGAGUUCAUCUUCAGGAAAAAACAGACUCUUUGGACGAUUUCUGGUUCACAGAAUGUGCCGGUGAGAGAGACAUUUCAUUCCCAUGGAAGCUACGGGAACGCAGAGAUUGUCACCCACUGUGUCCAGUCAGCCGGUGGUGUUACAAUGCGCGGUGUGUUCGGACCAUGCGACGUUCAAGACUCGGAUGGAGUUGGGGAGACACCUGAGAGAGCGUCACUGCGCGAAAGAAGGCGGGUCCUUCGUCUGUCGGUACGGCGCGAACGGCGUCUGUCCCACACUCCCGCUGGAAGGCGUCAGCGAUAAGGACUACGUCGAUCAUGUGGUCAAGGAGCAUUUAUCUAGAGAUGGUGCAAUCAGUACUUUGCAGAGGUCUUCAUCCCAAACCUCCCCAAGCCCCUCCCCUUCCGCCUCAGAACCCUCUGUAGUGACCGACCAACAGAAGUGGACAGUCUACAACUCUCAGGUCAACCUGGCCGCGGUCCUGAAUGACCCUCGGAGAAGCAGGAGGGAACAUGACUUCUUUACGAAGACGUGGGGAGAAGACUUCAUCGAGAUCGGACCUGAAGACAUUCACCCUUCCUUCUACCUUCCCAACAUCACCAAGGCUCAUUUUGAACACUACCUGAAGAGUGCCAGACAUAGAUAUGCUGUCCAUCAACAAAACAAACACAAACUGCCGACCAACUCUCCACCGUCAGCCCAGACCCUUGCACCAUUACCCAGGCAUCUAGACAAAGGAAAGGCUGAUUUGGAGCAGGUACCAAAGAUUUUCAUGCAGCCCAAUUUUGCACUGGAAAACCCAGCAACCUUCAACACAGUCUUGCCAUGGUCCCAGUUUGAACCACCCAAAGACAAGGAGCAGGGAAGACAGUCCUCCAAGCUUCUACAGGAAAAGUUGAGUCACUACCUGGACAUCGUGGAAGUUCAGAUAGCGCGACAGAUCUCGUAUCGCUCGGAGGCGUUCUUCAGUGCCAUGGCGUCUCACGAUGAGCUACAGGACAACAUGACUCACUGUCUGUCUGCAAUCAAACAGCUCAGGGACAGAAUCCACAACAUAGACUCUGUGCUGGCUAAGGGGUCCCUACAGCUUCUACAACUGUCCAGAAGCAGACAAAACUAUACAAAACUCUACCACAUGAUGAAAAUGAUGGCCACAGUUCACCAGACCCAGCCCAUGGUUCAGGUCCUGCUGUCCACCAGUGAUUUUGUUGCAGCACUAGACCUCAUCUCCAUAACACAGCAGGUACUGGCCAAGGACCUGGCUGGUAUACAGAGUUUUAGACACCUGGGUCUACAGCUGUGUGAGCUGGAGCGUGUGAUUGACAGGAUGAUGCAGGAAGACUUCCAGCGCUACGCUGUGGAAAACUUGGCACGGCCAAAAGAGGACGGAAUACAGCUGUUUGAAGAGGAACGUCUGACCUCUCUGGUGUACGGGUUGCUACGGCAACACAGGUUUGAGUUCCUCGAAGUGAUGAGAGAAGAAGCAGCAACUGCAAUAAAAGCAGGCAUAAAACAGACUGUUGCAGAAUUUGUGUCCCAAGUGGACACCAUUGAUAAUGAGUCUGUAGGAAGCCUUGCAGACCAGAUGCGCAUGUUAAACUUCCAGCAGUGGUUGGCUAUGCUGGGAGAGGUCUUCACCAAACUCCUCCUGUUAGUCAGCAGAGUCAAGAUGACAGCAGCAGUCAUUCAGGGUGUAAUACACCUGGCAGCUGGCAGGGGGCACUGCACCACUGAAGUAGGGGUUGCCCUAGGAGUCUCCAAGGCCAGCAGACCUGUGUCAACCAGCACCUCCCAAUCCUCCAAGCCCGAAGCAGAGGCACCGGACGACAACGGCCCGCUGGAAAAUUCGCACGAGGAAUUUGUCAGCGAGGAAAACCGCGUCUUGGGUUUCCACGACGACCACGUUCUGACCAAUGGGGACAUUGCUGCUUUGUCGAACUCCGAGGAGUUGAGAACUAAAGAAAGAGAGAGUAGAUCGUCAGUUGAUCGCACUGCUGAAAACUCUGAGGAGAAAGCACAGCAGAAUGGAGUGGAUAGGACAGAACAACACUCAGAGCUGACAGCCAAUGACGUGGCUGGUACCACGAGAGACGACCUGACAGAAAACUGCAGUGGUUCUGUAGAUGAUGAGGAUGGAGAGGAUGUGGGGUAUUAUCUUGAAGACAGUGAACACACAGUGUACCUGAGUGAGACAGACUAUGUUAAGGUCUCCGUGACCUUAAAGGAUCUUCUCUGCUUCCUGUGCGACCACGCCCACGACAGGUGUCUCAAGCUGCUAAUGGCAAGGUCAAAGGAUGGGUUUCUGGAGAGACUGACGUCCAGUGAGUUUGUCCAGUUGUCACGUGCAAUAGAAGGGUUUGUGAAGGACUGUGAGCAGGUGUGUGGCAGGAGGAGUACAUCACUGAGGGGAGGGCUACAGAGUCAGGCCAACAGAUUUGUGAACAGGUUCCAUGAAGAGAGGAAAACCAAGCUGAGUCUGAUCCUGGACAGCGAACGUUGGAAACAGACGGACGUUCCCGUCGAGUUUCAGGACCUGGUCAACUCCGUUGACAAGGGUGUGAUACCAUCCCCUACUACCAAGCAGAAUUCCAUCACUGAGAAGAAACCAACGGAGUACCUUGUUGUGGAUGGGCAGAAGUUUGCUGUUGUUGGUACUGUGCUGCUGCUACUGAAGAUGGUACUGGAGUACUGUCAGUGUGCUGAUGACCUGCCUUCCGCUACACCUGACAUCCUCACAAGACUAGUAGAGCUUUUAAAGCACUUUAACUCCAGAAGCUGUCAGCUGGUCCUAGGAGCUGGUGCUAGACAGGUCGUGGGUCUGAAGACAAUCACCACCAAGAAUCUUGCCUUGUGUUCGCGCUGCCUUCAGCUGAUGGUUCACCACCUGCCCAUAGUGGAGGAACACUUCAGGGCCAGGCUCCAGCACAAACAACAGCCCAUGCUCAAGUCCUUCCAACAGGUUAUUAAAGACUACAAUGAUCACAUCCAGGAGAUUGCCAGUAAACUCAUCGCCAUCAUGGACGACAUGUUUGAGAAAUCUCUAGCAAAGUGGGAAGCCAAGGCCCCCAUGCCAUCUUCCACCUUCCGUACCAUCUGUAAACAGAUCAGUAAGCUACACGAGGCCAUAGUGGACCUUCUACCUCCAGAACAGAUCAGAGUCUUAUUUACGAGGAUAAACGUGUCCUUUAAGAGCCAUUUACAACAGCAACUGGUCAGACUAAAUGUUACAAACGACGGGGGACCACAGCAUGGACUGGUGCAGUCAGAUGUUGCGUUCUAUUCGGGCCACAUGCAGUCGCUGCGCGACCUGACAGAUGUCGACCUUCACAUGCAGGACAUCUGGGACAGGUGACAGUGGGAGGAGCUACAGCCACUCACACACCCACCCCUGCAAACACAAAACAGGCAUCCCCUCCACUCUUCCAAAUUUGUAUAUAUUUCAUUCCUCUGUGGAAUUUCCAACAUGGAAUUUGAGAUAGGUGCAGGCUUCUAUGUCAUUGUUUUCAUCUGCUGCUGUUAAAGUGAUUGUUGUUCAAGUUUGGAGCAAUCCAUACAAUUCACAUUGACAUUGAAACCUUUACAACUGAAUUCUAUAAUGACAUGAACAUUAUCUCAUUUUGUUCUGUAACUUACAAUCUGUCCCAUGAAAUGGGGGUAUUCGUGAUUCGAAGAGGUCCACAUUGAAAAUUUGUGAUCAGCGUAAUCCUAGAGGGAGACUUGGUUUUGAAAAUACAUUAAUAUUAUUUGAUUUGUGCAUAAUGAUUAUGGUACUAGCUUGGUCAAUAGAAAUGUGGCAAUUUUAAAGGAGAUAUCAAAUCUGAAUUUAUGACAUAAUUUGUGUGUGAUGUUUUUGGCACACUGUGUCAAAAUUUUUCUUUGGAAAAGAUACAUUUGUAGACCUACAUUAUUUAAUGUGCAAAGCUUUUACAUGUAAAUUUGUUCAGGUGAAUAUUAUUAAUGUGUAAGAAAAUCCAAAAGCCCAGAACAUGACCAUGUAUUUAUAAUGUACACAUUAUGUCAUUAUUUAUCAAUAUUCCUUGAGGUACAUUACUGUUCAAACGUCACACUGAUCAUAACAUUGAUUAUAUUCCAUCUCAGUGUAGAUCUGAGAUACCUUCUUUAUCUAAUUCCAAAAGGCAAUCUUCGUUUCUUGGAUGGCUUUCCAUGUACAUUCAUUUUCUCUCUAACGUCCAUCCUUUGGAAGUAUUUCUCCACCACACUCCCAAAUGCAGGGAGUCUAAUAAAGAAAAGACAAUCGCACAGAUUGAAAUCAUUUCAUGGCUUUCAAAAGGCUCCACCCCUGUAGCAUCGCCAAAAAAGGAAGGAACAAUCUCUCGUGUUGUAAUCAAUGUUAAUAUGGUUGAUGGAAAGUCAUUGGAUGCUCUUGACAAGCCUUUGACUGUGCCAUUCCGUGCAACAAAUUACUACCUUCAAGUUGAUGUUUCGUGUUUUGUAACAGUAACAGUUUGAAAGAUUUACUUUGCCCUGUUAUCAUGCAGAAAAUGGUUUUACCCAAUUUUGGAAAGUGGAUGAUUACCACUCACAAGAUGUGUUAUUACAGUGCAAGCGGGGAAAAGAAUGGUCGUUAAACUGUAUAAUCAAGUAGUCAAGGUGACAUUUGGAGCAAUUUACAACGAGGAUGUUUGUGACAGUUUGUUUUGGGUAACUUUUGUGGCCUGGAUAAUAACUGGCACAACUUAACACGCAGGUUUCCAUGCUGCCA